AGUUCCAUUUCUAUUGAAAACGUCAAUUUUUCAAUUUUUCUUCCAACACACAAAUCAGAAUAAAAAAUUAUUCUACUUCUGUUUUCUGUGCUUGGCCGACGAUAAAAGAAAAAGAUUAAUUAAUUUGUAUUUUUAAUAAAAUCAAAAGAAUAACAAAAUCCCCAAAUCACUUUCUCUCUCUCGCUCUUCGCUCCGACGACGAAAGUUUAAUCGUUUUUGUGUUUUAUUUGCAAUUGUUCUUGUGAUUAUUGCUGUCCUCGCAAAACUAUGGUAAGUUUAUUUGUUGCAAGUUGCAAGUAGCCGCAUUCCCGUUUCCGUUCCCGCAUAGGUAGAGUUUCAGUUUCAAUAAAAGAAAAAGAAACCAAACGCUAUUCAUUUGUUCUUUUGCCACUUUACAAAAGAAAAAAGAAAACUCAAAAUACUAAAAACAAAUCGAACAAAAUGUACCCGUGGACUUCGCCAGCCUACAGCAGCACCAAUUCUGCAAUUUCAUCCGCAUCCAAUGUCGCCGCCACAACAAGGACCAUGCCGAAUGGUUUGGAUGAACAAGAGAAACUCCUCAAUGAGAUCAUUGGCAAUGUCCGAAAGCAAGCGUUUCAAAUGAAACACUUCUUUGAUAAAAGUCGCCUCAUGGAAGCCAUCAAAUGCGCUGGUUCAAUGUUAACCGAGCUAAGAACUUCGCAAUUAUCACCAAAGAGUUAUUAUGAGUUGUAUAUGGCCAUCACAGAUGAAUUGUGUCACCUUGAAAUUUAUCUGCUUGAGGAGUUUCAAAAGAAUCAUAGUACCACAGAUUUGUAUGAGUCGGUGCAGUACUCGGCCAAUAUCGUACCACGUCUCUAUCUGCUGAUCACAGUUGGCUUAGUUUACAUAAAAAGCAACUCAGCGCUGAAGCGAAGCAUUCUCAAGGAUUUGGUCGAGAUGUGUCGCGGAGUUCAACAUCCGCUGCGUGGACUCUUCUUGCGCAAUUACCUGCUGCAAUGCACACGCAACAUCCUCCCGGACGUCGUGGUUGCUGAGGACGAGAACGAGGGAAAUGUUCUCGAUGCUAUUGAAUUUGUACUUAUGAACUUCGCCGAAAUGAACAAGUUGUGGGUGCGGAUGCAACAUCAGGGCCAUUCGAGUGAAAAGACGCGACGUGAAAAAGAGCGUGAGGAGCUGAAGAUCUUGGUCGGGACAAAUUUGGUGCGAUUGUCGCAGUUGGAGUCCGCAUCGCUGGAAACAUAUCAGCGUUUGAUUUUGCCGGGAAUUCUCGAGCAAGUGGUCAGUUGUCGAGACGCAAUUGCCCAGGAAUACCUGAUGGAGUGCAUAAUCCAGGUGUUCCCCGAUGAGUUCCACCUACAGACGCUGGAUCCGUUCUUAAAGUCCUGUGCUCAGCUAGAGACCGGUGUGAAUGUGAAGAAUAUCAUAAUUUCAUUGAUCGAAAGACUUGCUGCAUAUAAUCAGCGAAAUGCAAAGCCAACAGAAGCCGGGUCGGCGAUCCCUCCAGAAGUCGAGCUGUUCGAAGUGUUCAGUGUCCAGGUGGCCAACAUUGUCCAGACACGAACUGAUAUGCCACUAGAGGACACAAUAUCGUUGCAAGUUGCUCUGCUAAGUCUCGCCCAAAAGGUCUAUCAAGAUCGUGUGGAUUAUGUCGACAAGGUUCUCGAAACCACAACUCAAAUCCUCGAGCGAAUGAAUAUGAAUAAUAUUUCUCACAUGUUGACAGUGAACCACGAGCUAUCUCGUCUCCUUCGCAUCUGUAUCGACUUCUACAACAACGUCCUAACAAUCAUUCAGUUAAACAAUUUUUGUCCAUUGCUCGAGAAAUUCGAUUACACUUCUCGCAAGUCCCUGGCAUUGUAUCUCAUUAUGAAUAUUCUUGAAAACGAGACCCUAGUUCCAACUGCCGAUGAAGCCGACAAAGUCCUCACGAUGAUUGCUCCUUUGGUCAAGGACGAAGAUGGCGUGAAUGUCAAUGUUGAAGAUAAAUACGAUCCUGAAGAGUUUGCCGAAGAGCAAGGAAUCGUAGCAAGAUUUGUUCAUCUAAUGAAAUCCGAAGAUCCUGACAUGCAAUACAAGAUCCUACAGAACGCCCGAAAACACCUCGGAGUCGGUGGCCCGCAGAGAAUAAAGCACGUUCUUCCACCAUUGAUCUUUUCCGCCUAUCAAUUGGCUUACAAAUACAAAAACAUCGCCGAAGAGGACGAGAACUGGGAUAAGAAGUGUCAAAAAAUAUUACAAUACUGUCACAGCACAAUUGCUGUUCUCGCCAAGGCUGACUUGCCAGAGCUCGCUCUAAGGUUGUAUCUACAAGGGGCAUUGGUGAUUGGUGAGAUUGGUUAUUCCAAUCAUGAAACUGUGGCCUACGAUUUUAUGACACAAGCAUUUUCCCUCUACGAGGAUGAGAUCUCCGAUUCGAAGUCUCAGUUGGCGGCCAUAACUCUGAUAAUGUCCACCUUCGAACAAAUGACCUGUUUCGAUGAGGAGAACGCCGAGCCGUUGCGAACGAAUUGUGCUCUUGCCGCGUCAAAGUUACUCAAAAAGCCCGAUCAGUGUCGGGGUGUGGUAUCAUGUGCGAGUCUUUUUUGGAGUGGAAAGAAAAAUGGCGAGGAAAUGCGUGAUGAGAAGCGCACCCUCGAGUGCCUGAAGAAGGGCGCCCGCAUAGCAUCUCAGUGCCUAGAUACUGGUGUACAGGUUCAAUUAUACGUAGAGCUCCUCAAUCACUACCUUUUCUAUUUCGAGCGUGGUAAUUCGCUUAUCACCGUUGCUAUGCUUAAUCAACUAAUAGCCAAGGUUAAUGAGGAACUACCCAAUUUAGAACCAAGUGAAGAGACAAAACAAAUUGAAAUGCACUACAAAAAUACAUUGGCUCACAUAAAAAGCCGCAUAGAAUCAAAUGACGCCGGACUAGAAGUUUCUUUCGCUGGCAUUUCUAUAAAUUAGUUUAUUUUUAAUUAUUAUUAUUAUAU